AUUACAUCACGAGCCACUGCAAGACCUCGCAGACGAGAUUACAAAACAACAUUCUGUUACAAUCGAUUUUGCGAAAAGUACACCAAAGAAUUCGUCAAAAUGCGACAGCUCAAAGCAGACACGAUCAUCUUAUCGCUUCUUGCCCUUGGCAGCUUCAUUUUCAAGCUCGUUUUAAACGCUUUGGCUGGCCUUGGAGGAAAACCAUUCUCUCAUUCGGUGGGAAACGUAUCAGAUAUCUUCGUCUUGGAUAUAACUCCGGCUGGCUGGGCUUUCUCGAUAUGGGCGCUAAUCUAUACGUGGAAUUUCGCAUAUGUUGUGUACGCGAUAACCACGGAAUGUCGAGACGUUCCGCCUGUUUUAAAUGGUCUGUUUUAUCUGCUCUAUAUCCUGUGUGACAUCGCAAAUAUCGCUUGGUUGUACGCGUUCACUUCCGAAUCCAUCGUCUCGAGUUGUGUCUUACUGCUCGGAAAUCAAAUCUCCCUUUAUGCGCUGCUGUAUGUAGUUUAUCUCAACUACAGCACGUAUCAGAAAGAAUUGGAGCAACAGCAUAAACCAGAUGCUAUAUGCAUGGCUGUCUUGGUUCAAAACGGUAUUAUGCUGAACACAGCCUGGGUGACCAUUGCCUCGUUGCUAAACAUUGGUAUGGUAUUGACCUACAAAUCCAACGUACCGAUGCCAACAGCCUGCGCUCUGGUGCUGGCCGCCCUCCUGAUUAUCUCGCUGUUAUGGUUCAUUCUGCAGAAUUUCACGUUCCAACCUUACAUCAACUACACCUACUCCGACUGGCCAGUUAUUCUGUGGGCUCUCUCUGCAAGCCUCGCCAAAAAUUGGGAUCCAAACAGCAUCAGCGCCCGAUUCACCUUGGCCCUGGUAAUCAUUGUAGCAAUUCUAUUCAUCGCACGAAUCGCAAUCCAAGUGAACAAGAACAAGACCGUGAAAUAUUUCGACAAGCCGUUGCUGAAUGAGAAGUUUAUACACUUGAGUAUGUGAAAUGACGUUUGAAAACACAAGAAAAAGAUUGUUAUAGCUUUAAUUGCUUUAUAGCUUUAAAAACAGAAUAAUAUGAGGGCAAUUAG